UGUUCCUGGUAGCCAUCUUGGAUGUGCGGAGUGAUUGUUUAGCGAGAAGAUUUUUUAUUUUUUUAGAAGAAUAUCCUUUACUCCGAAUCGCUAAAGAUUCGCCGGAGUGGGGCGACUCAGGAAAGAGAUACUCCGCAACUCGGGAAAAUAAAGUGAAAGAAGGCAUGAAGACAUCAUCCUAGUCAUCAGUCAUGGCCGAUAAAAGGAAACUUCAAGGGGAAAUAGAUCGAUGUCUGAAAAAAGUAGCGGAGGGAGUGGAACAGUUCGAAGACAUCUGGCAAAAGCUUCACAAUGCAGCCAACGCAAACCAGAAGGAGAAAUAUGAAGCAGACCUCAAGAAAGAGAUUAAAAAGCUACAGCGUCUUCGAGACCAGAUCAAGACGUGGGUGGCAUCCAACGAGAUCAAAGACAAAAGGCAGCUAGUAGAGAACCGCAAACUCAUAGAAACGCAAAUGGAGCGGUUCAAAAUAGUGGAGAGAGAAACCAAGACGAAAGCGUACUCGAAAGAAGGGUUGGGUCUGGCCCAAAAGGUGGACCCGGCCCAGAAGGAGAAGGAGGAGGUCGGGACGUGGCUAACGAAUACGAUAGACACAUUGAACAUGCAGGUGGACCAGUUCGAGAGCGAAGUGGAGUCUCUUUCAGUCCAGACGAGAAAAAAGAAAGGAGACAAGGAGAAGCAGGAUCGGAUUGAGGAGCUGAAGAAGUUCAUUGAAAAACAUCGGCACCACAUCCGGAUGCUGGAGACCAUACUGAGGAUGCUGGACAAUGACUCAGUGCAGGUGGACGCCAUCAGGAAGAUCAAGGAUGAUGUGGAGUAUUAUCUAGACUCGUCACAGGAUCCAGACUUUGAGGAGAAUGAGUUUCUGUACGACGACCUGGACCUGGAAGACAUCCCUCAGACACUAGUCGCCACCUCCCCGCCGGGACACUCACACCUGGAGGAUGAGAUUUUCCAGCACUCCAGCAGCACACCCACCUCCACCACCUCAUCUUCACCCAUCCCUCCCUCGCCUGCCACUUGCACUACGGAGAAUUCGGAAGAUGACAAAAAGAGGGGACGCUCAACAGACAGUGAAGUCAGUCAGUCACCUGUGAAGAACGGAAACCCCUCUUCCUCAUUAUCCUCUUCCUCUUCUUCCUCCUCUUCCUCCUCCUCCUCCUCUUCCUCCUCUUCUUCUUCCUCUGUCUCGGGACUGACCUCAUCCUCACUUGUCUCUAUGGCGACCAUCGCGGCAGGAGGGCUCAGCAGCUCUGGGGGCAACAGUCAUCACGGCAGCUCGGGGGGUCUCCUCUCCAACACUUCCGCUGGCAGCUACAGCAAUGCCACCCAGCAGCAGCCGCACCCGUCAGCACAGCAACAACAGGCCAAAAACUUAGUUAGCUCCACCUCCUCAACUCCAAUCUCUAUCCCCAUCACCUCCACCAACAGCCAUCUGGUCUCUUCUGCCCCCUCUCCACCCAACGCCAUCACACAGGGGCUCUUCACUUCAACCUCCCAGCCCCAGUCUCUGUCCGGGCACACACCAACCUCCAACAGUCUUGGCCUCAGUCUGGGCCUCUCGCUGGGGAAAGGCGGCAUGUCCAGCUCGAUCACCACCAGCCCAAUGUCCGGGAGCCUUGGCUUGUCAGGGAUGCCGGCAUCCCUGAGCACCAUGGCGAGCCUUCUGUCGGGCUCCACCCCGGCACCCUACGCUCAGGCAGCUGCCUCAGGAGCAAUCGGCUCUGGCUUGCCUGGCUCUCUUGGCGGCAUCGGCAUCAGCCCCACAACAGCCAACACAACAGUGGGCUCCAUCGGCAGCGGAAGCAUCACAGUCGGCGGGCCGACAUCCUCAACAGGAGGUCUGCUGGGCCCAGCUCCAGGGCUGACCAGUGUCGGCUCAGGGAUUCUGGGUCUGAGUUCCGUUCAGUCAGGGGUGCAGGUGUCUUCCUUGGUGUCACUGAGCCCAGUAGGAGGUUUAGCGCCAGGUAGCGGAGUGGGAGUCAUCGGGAGCAACGGAGGCAGCUCGGGAUCAGGGGGGAGCGGAGUGGUGGGAGGAAGCUCGUCACUCUCCAUCAGGCCGCCAAGCCAACAGAAGCAGAACGGUAGCACUAGUUACAGCGCUGUGGUAGCAGACAGCACAACAGACUCCGCCCUCACCAGUGCCAGCCAAUCACAAAGCAGCCAACCCUCAUCUUUGACCUCCACAGCCAAUCAGCCUAAGGACACUGGUCCCAGUUUACUGGGCUCACUAAGUUUGUCAUCCAGCUCCCCGUCGCCAGCCUUCUACAGCGAGGCCAAAACGGUGAGCGGCGGCAGCCUUCUGAACGGGCCACUGUCCUACUCACAGUCCUCCGACAGCAUCAAGCCCCAAGAGCCUCUGAGCAGCCUGAAGUCCAUGGCCGAGCGAGCAGCACUCAGCUCAGGGAUGGAGGGAGACAUGCCCUCCCUGCACCUCACCCCAGACAUCUUUCCCAGCAGCACUACGGCCCCCUCAGGCCCCCCGUCAGCACCUCAGCCCUCGCAGUCAGAAGUCAGCAUCCCCCCAUCGUUGGGGGUCUGCCCGCUGGGGCCAGUUCCCCUGUCCAAAGACCAGCUCUACCAACAGGCCAUGGAGGAGGCAGCGUGGACGCACAUGCCCCACCCGUCUGACUCCGAGAGGAUCAGGCAGUACCUGAUGAGGAACCCGUGCCCCACCCUGCCUUUCCACCACCAGGUGCCACCGCCCCACUCUGACACUGUAGAGUUUUACCAGAGGCUUUCCACAGAAACUCUCUUCUUCAUCUUUUACUACCUGGAGGGCACUAAGGCCCAGUAUCUGGCAGCCAAAGCCCUGAAGAAGCAGUCAUGGAGGUUCCAUACAAAGUACAUGAUGUGGUUUCAGAGGCACGAAGAACCCAAGACCAUUACAGAUGAGUUUGAGCAGGGAACAUACAUUUACUUUGACUAUGAGAAAUGGGGCCAGCGGAAGAAGGAAGGCUUCACGUUUGAGUACCGGUACCUAGAAGACCGAGACCUCCAGUGACCUGCAGAGAGGAAGACCGACGUACAGACAGACAAGCAGACGGCUGAGGAAGUGAGAGAGGGACAGACGGAUGAAGAACACAUGAAUGAAGAAGGGUGCUCCACCUGCGGACAUUCCUGGAUUUGACCUCAGCUGGUUGGGGAGAUGUUCGCAAUGGAGGGGGUCGAGCGGGUUUGCAAAAACAACCCCUCCCUCCCUCCGACCCUCCAACUCUGCCUCAUCAUCCUCACCACGGCAGUGAUUACUCCUCCAACCCUGUUAUCCAUCCUCCUCCUCCUCUCCACCCCUCCUCUAGGCCUUUUAUUUCCAUGUUUUCAUGAACUGGGACUCUCUUUAAAACAACAAGACUUUGGUUUGUUUUGGCAGUUAAGACACAAGAAAAACACACCUAAUAAUCAGACGUUCGUGUGCUUUUCCCCUCUGUGUUAUUUUCUUGUGUUGGCUUUAAAAUGUUUGCUUAUGUUAGCCCAUUAAGGAACCAAAGAUAAUUGGUUAAUCAUACAGUACAGACUCUGUCCCCUUUCUGAACAGACUUAAACAGGGAGCGAGUGUAGAAGCCUCAACACACACACACACACACACACACACUAAAUCUGUGUCGGUGCUAUAGUAUGUCUGCAGCAGCAGGGUAGGAUUCAGGUGAAAAAUGUGACUUCUGUAAAUCCGGCAAUGAUCAGAUGAUGUGAACUGACUCAAGAUCAGCCAGGUCUUUCCCACUACAGGAACUUAACGACCCGUAACCUGUCCAGGAUCAGCUGCCAGUGUAUGAGCCACACAUUGCUACUAAACCAGCAUCUGAGUGUGAGUCAUUGGAAAGGCGAUGGGUAACUGGAUAACUGGGCUAACUGUGUUUUUUUAACGCAGUAUAUCAUUUUUCUCAGCGGUGCUACAGACAAUAGAAAUGUGGUGCUAAUAUGAACUUUCUUUUGCAUUUACAUUUGUUGAUUUUUAAGGCUUAAGUAUUAAAUCAAUAGAACAGCUCUCUCAACAGUCAAAACAUUUUAAAACUUUGAAAAAGUUACUUGUUACUCUGCGGUAAAACUAGCUCGCUGUUGGAAAUGUUACAUAAUUUUUGAAAAAUCUCAUGCACAAACAUCACUGAGUUAUGUAAAUAAACUUUAUUACGGAAGUAUAAUGCAUUCACUUGAGAAAUAAAUCUGCUUUUGUCUUGAAUAAUGAGAUUAUUAUCUUGUUGAUAUAGAAAAAACAAACUGAUUUUUUUCCAGCAGAAACUUUUCUCAGAAUUCUGAGAUCUGAUGGCGCCCCUAAAAUCCCAAAAGGUGAUAGUUUUUGUAUUUUGUGCACACAAAAUCAAAAUAUCACGCAAAAUAUCCUCUUCCAGGACUUAAGGGGCAGCAUAAGUUAUUUUUUCUCACGUGAAUGCAUUACACUUAUGUAGAUAAUGGACUCUCCAACGCUGUGCAAACAAUCAGUUUGGACGGACAGAGGCAUAUUGAGGCAGCAACAGACCUAAACCUAAACUUCCUUAAACUUCCACAUCUAAAAACAUAUCCUGUAUUAUAUUUGUAGUGUUUGCUGUGUCACAGCUGCAGUCCUUCCUUCCUGAGAGAACCGUCAGUACCGCCUCCUGAGCAGUCACCCCCUAAAGCGUCUACAUCUUAUAUUAUGGGUUGUUAAGUUCUUAUAAGCGUUCUCUUCUAAGUUUCAUCUCUAAACAAAUCAUCCACAAACUGAAUGAGUUUUUUUUUGCGCGAUUCAGGUCACAAAACAUGAUCAGCCUUGCGCUCAGAUGUCCCUGUGGGCUGGUAAAUGUCAAGUUGAGGUAGAUAAAAGGAAGCUUACGGAAGUCUAAUGCGUUCAUUUGAGAAGAAAAAAUUGCCCUGUUUCUCUAAAUUAAUGAGAUAAUCUUUUUAAUUCAGAAAAACAAGCAUUUUUGAGAUUCUCAUUUUAGAAAAAAAAAUAAACAAGCAGCAUUUUGAUGCUUGAUUUAUACUCCUGCAGCUGUGCACCUAUGCAUGCUGUGCAGCCUAGUGCAGACUCCUCUUGUGCACCCCAGGCAUACGUGGUACAGCGACAGGUUGUGUAACGUGGUUUCACACAUGCGUGAUGGGACCAGAACUGUUUGGAGCCCUGACGUCCAAUCAAACUUCUGUGACGUCUGCAGUACCCGACGUGUAGUCACAUUUUGUGCAGCGCAUCUCGGCUGCACAAACCAUCUCUGUGGCUCUGCACAAGCUUUUUUGUUGAGGUAUGAAUUAGAAAACAUCAAGAUCUCAUUAAUUCUGGGAAAAAAGGGCAAUUUUUCUCCCCUAUAAAUACUUUUCUCAGUAUUCUGACAUAAUCUUGUCAAUUCAGAAAAGUGAAUGCAUUACACUUCUGCGGUACCUAAAUAAUGUUGCUCUCCUGCCCUCCUGGCACUGCCACAAUGAGAGCUUGUUGAGCUUCAUCGCUUCAACACUAAUGAAUCACAACUGACCCUUGAACCAGCAAACCUGCUUCUGGUGUGCAGUUGCCUCGCCUCGACUCAACCCGACUGCCUUUAGACGUAACACAGACACAUCCGUCUGCUCACCAGGGUCGAAAAUAAACACCACCACCAGCCAAAUGUGGGUAAAUGUUGGUCGUAGGUGGCACCACAGGCCUCUCUAACUCUUAAUCUUUCAGAGGUGGAGUGGUAAAAGUGGCUAGUUCAUAUUGUGAAUCCUCCAGUUGCUGCAGUGUAAAAAUAUCCCGCCCUGCCUCCUCCCAUCGAGCCACAUUGGAGGAGUGUGACAACACGGCCUGAGAGGUGUUGGUAGUAACUGUCUUUUACCUGGUGGGCAGUGUUAUGUCACAGCACUUUUAGAAGAAAGAGAUCACACUUAGAAAAUUAGGAUGUAUGUCAGAAUUUUAUUUUAAGCUUUGUGUUUGGUCCUCAAGCUUUCACAAGUGUUUGGGGCUUUAAAUUAAAGGGUUAGUUCACCCAAAUUACAUAAAAAAUUAACAUAUAACACAUUUUUCUCCAGUGGUAUGUCAUCAUACACAAACUGAUUAGCUCAUGUUUUGGGGUAUUUAUGAGAUUUCUCCCUCGUCUGCAACACAGUGGAGGUCAUCUUGAGGAAAUCUGUCCUCUCUUUCUUGCCAAGUGAGAUAGAUGAGUAGAUUGAAACCUCUCUCAUGUCUGAGAGUGAUAUCGAUCUUCUCAUCACUCUUGGCAAGAAAGCAAAUGAAGGCAUUUCCCAAAAUGACUGAACUGUUUCUUUAACUGUUGUAUGAGGUACUUAUCCAUAGUCAUUGUAUCACAUACAUUAAGUGUCAGUUGACGUGUCCCCAGUUUCGAGAAGCAGGCUGGAGUACCAACAUGGAAGCUAAGCACUGUACUGCUGUGGACGUGAGGUAGCAACAAAUUUAUUUUAGCCACCUGAAAGAAGUCAAUAUCUGUAAUUAUGUUAUUAAAUGUAUGCUAUAUUUAGAAUAUUUUCACUCCUUUACCCUUUUGUGAGACAGUGAUUUCCAACGGGAUGAAGCCGUUACAUUACUCUCUUUUCAUAGCCAGACUCCAUUGAGAAAAACAGUGAUUUAACAUUGCUGAACACGGGAGCUGCUGGUCUACCACUGCCUCAAUCUGUUAUUUUGUUCGUGUUAUUGUGUGACUUUGGCAUUUAAAAGAGUUAAUUCGGAUGCACCAAUGUCACACAAUAUCACAAACUAACAAACAGAUUGAGGCAGUGGUAGACCAGCAGCUCCCGUGUUCACACAGUAAAAUUACUGUUUUUGUCAAUAGAGUCUGGCAUUGGAGAAAGAAAAGCCGUUACUGGCUUCCUUGUCGUAACCGGCUGUGUGACAGAAAGGUAAAGCGGUGAAAGUAUUCUCAGUGUUGCGUACACUUUGACAUUGAUUGUUUUAGCCGGGAUUUUUUUUUUUUUAGGUGGCUAAAAUAUGUUUUGCUGCUGGCCCCCAUCCGCAGCAGUACAUUGCUUAGCUUCUGUGUCAGCAUUCCUGCCUGUCUCUCCAAACUGGGGGUGUUCUGACCACCUUUAACUAUAUGUAGUACACUGACUAUGGAUAUGUACCUCAUACAACCCCACUUAAAAAAAUCCAGACUACCCCUUUAACAUUUGCUAAUCAGUCGGUAAAGAGCAGAUAAAUCCCAACAUGCUGCUGCUGACAUGCCAACACUGUUUGUAUCUCAAACCUGGACGAAUAAAAGCAGAAUUACCUGCAUGAUUACAUACAACUAGCAGUAUGUAGGAAAAAGUUAUCGUCAGUAUUUUUUGGUGAUUAUUUUGUGUGCGUGGGUGUUGGAUGCUACCAGCAGCUGGAUGGACAGUUAGUCCUGUUAGUCUCCCACCAGCCUCCCUCCCUCCCUCCUCUUCUCUCUGUGCUGAAGAGCACAAACUGAGCAACACCAGCACUGCUGCCCACAUCAUCUCUGUCCUCCAGCUCUCUGCUUCAUGUUUACACACUGACUGGGCACACAAUAAACACACACACUGCCCAGUUCUCACUACCAACAAGUCAUGGUGUUAGCUUUUUUCCACAUCCUGAACUCUGCUGCCAACACAUAGCAGCAUAUUUUUUCUGUAUUUUGUUAUUUUUAUCACCCCAAACACUUUGAGUUUUUCCCUCUUCCUUUCUCCGUGGGCCAGCUCCCUCCUCCUCUCUUCAUGGUAGAUAUUUCCUUUAUUUCUCAGGAAGUAUUUGAUAGAUCAAUUUAACGAGGAAAUGUAUCCGCCAGCAGCUUCCGUCUCCACAGCACAACAACAAAUAAAUUAAUCUUCCCCGACAAUUUCGUACCAAAAUUUUAAUUGUUAUCAAUCACUCUCUUGACCUGCCAGUGUCCCUUUCCAUUUCACCAAAAAAAGCUUUUUUUGAAAUGCAAAUAUUAUCCUCCAAUGUUUGGAGCACCUGGACGAGAGACCAUCUUUAUAUUUUGUUGGAUUAAUUGUAGUAGAUUAUUUUUUCAGAGACGGGGAAAGCAUUUUAAAACCCAGAGAGUGAGGCCCCCUGUUGUGUUUUUCUUUUUUUUAAAGAUCAAUAACUUCUCGAGGAGUGUGGGGUGUUUUUAUAGCCAGACAGACAGACGGACAACUCUUACACUUAUUCACUUGACUGACUGACAGUCCUGCUUUUAACCUUUGUGUUUACUUUUUUUUUAAAAAAAAAACAAGCGGAAGGGAUGAGAGGUCAAUCCGAGAGCUGAAAUGUGAAUCUCUCUCUGCCCCUUGGAAAAAGUGUUGUAUAGACUCUCAUUCUUCAAACCUCUCCUUUGUUUUUUGUUUGUUUGUUUUUGUUUUGUUGUUGUCGUCAGACAGCAUGGAGUAAUGACACUUGCAAAGUGGCGCUGACAAAGUAAAUAAUGACAUAACCGUGAAUAAAGGAUUGUAAAAUAUUAAUAAAAGAAGUACUUUUCAGAAAACUG